AUGGUUUAUAAAGGGCCCAGUAAAGGAUGUCACUCGUGUAGGAAACGGCGUGUCAAGUGCGAUGAGAAACGGCCUCAGUGCGGCAAUUGCCUCAAAAGGAAACAGCAAUGCCCCGGAUAUCGAGACUUGUUCGACGCUGUCCACAAAGACGAGACAUACAUCGUCUCGCAUAAGAGCGCCCCGAAACGGCAGAAAAAGGUACACACCCCUGCUAGCGAAUCUGGGGACAGCACUCCUAACCUCACGAAUACGCCGUCGCCGACGAGUGAUGUCGAUUGUGCCCUUGAUCUUGCUCUCUUCGCCACACCGUCGCGAAAUGUCGAGGUGGAGUCGCUGUGUUACUUCUUCACCAACUAUGUCAAUAUUCCCCGGGAUCCGAGUACCAACAUCUUCAUCGAACACAUCCUUCCCAUAUACUUGAACACAGCCCCCGAUUCGGCGUUGGCUGAAGCUGUCAAUGCGGUCGCGGUCAAUAUCACGGCCAUGUGGAUGACCCGAUACGUCGAUUCUUACCGUGCUCGAGAAUCUUACGCAAGGGCCGUCACUCUCUUAAAAUCUUUGCUGCAAGACCCCGUUGAAUGCAAAACGGACGAAACCCUCGCCACAGUGUUCAUGCUCGACUUUUACGACUCCCUCAAUCGACGGUUUGUGCACUUCGUCGACACCGGCACCCACCAGCAAGGUGCGGUGGCUCUGCUCAAGCACAGAGGGAAAGAUGACUUCGACAGCCCGCUCUCCCAGCGGCUCUUCAAUGCCAUGAGAAGUCGCCAUAUCAAUUAUUCGUUACAAUACGGGCGAAAGGUGGAGCUGGAUCCGGAACUCCUUGCCGAAGACACCGCAGUCCUCCCAUCCGCAAAGCUUGAUCUUCUGAACGCUGAGCUUGCAGAAUUGCAUGUAUUAGCCUGCGAGGGCCCCGAAGGAGCUGGCCUCGGCUUAGCCGACUUCUAUCGGGUCAUUUUGGAGAGGGCACUUGCCCUCGAGAAGAGGCUGCAAACGUGGAGGGAUGCGCUCCCCAGGUCAUGGCAACCAGUAUCUAUUCCGGCGUCCGAAUUACAUCAAUCCAUCCGCGACGCUGGCGUCUAUGAAAACAUGUGCGACGUUUAUUCUUCGCUCGCAGUCUCUCACGUCAACAAUGCAGCUCGGAGUUCUCACGGUGGAGCACUCCGUCUCAUUGCAUUAUGCAUCAGGGGCCUCGAGGACCUCGGCAUUGCCGUUGACCCGGAAAUCGAGCUUCACGUCGACCGGCAAAUCCAAGAGAUCGCGGACAGGUUCUGCGCUUCGGUGCCGUUCCAUCUGGGCAACAGAACCACACCAGCAUUCCCCGACGAACACAGGGAAUACCCCCAUGUGCCUGUGGAGCUUCGUCGGCUGGCGAAUUACGUCGACCCGUUUGGAAACGAGGUCGAGAUGACCAUGGAAGACCACGUGCGCGCCGCCGCGGCCAUAGGCGGCUGGUUCAUCAUGGCGCCGCUUGCGGGAUUCCUCAAGGCGCGAGCGAUGGGGGUUACGCCGUCGAAUCCGACCACUAAACCCGGGCCCUUAAUGGGAAAGAUGAGAAAAGGCCAGAUUGCAUGGAUUCGUGGCCAAAUGGAACGGAUCCAAAAGAUCUAUCUGUUUCCAACCAACGCUAGCCCGACCGAGCAGGACUGGAAAUGGGUCAUGAGGCAAACCCGCUACGGGACUCGUGUCAGAGGCCAUAAUCUGUUUGCACCGUUAUAUUUCAAUCAAAGAAUAUGGACGGCUUAA